GCAAACUUCCCCCACUGCCUUAAGGACCCACCGGUCAACCCAGGGUGAGUGGAGACAAUAGGGUUUGUGUCACAGGGGUCCUUGACAUCACGUAACAAUGCACAGGGGUGUCCCCACCUAGGGUCCUCAUUCCCUCCAGAAAGGCCCUCCAAGGCUACAGUGGUUGGGAUGGCAUACCUGAGCGAGUGUCGCCUGCGACUGGAGAAAGGCUUUAUCUUGGACGGGGUGGCUGUGAGCACCACUGCCCGCGCUUAUGGGCGCUCUAGGCCCAAGCUGUGGUCGGCGAUUCCGCCCUACAAUGCGCAGCAGGACUACCACGCCCGCAGCUACUUCCAGAGCCACGUGGUUCCGCCCGUUUUGCGGAAAACUGAUCAGGAUCAUGGCGGUACAGGAAGGGAUGGCUGGAUUGUAGACUAUAUCCACAUCUUUGGGCAAGGACAGAGAUACCUCAACAGGAGAAAUUGGGCAGGGACAGGGCAUUCUCUCCAGCAGGUGACUGGGCACGACCACUACAAUGCUGAUCUGAAACCAAUCUAUGGGUUCAAUGGAAGGUUUGGCUACCGCCGGAACACUCCAGCCCUCCGUCGGAGCACGUCCGUCUUUGGAGAGGUCACCCACUUCCCUCUGUUCUAACAGCAUCUUUUCCCUUCCUAGCCAUCGACCUGAAUUUCUAAGACAAAUGUUUAGAUGAACUCUUAAUGUUAUUUUACGUUAAAAAUUUAAUUUGUGUCUCCA